GUGCGAGCGUACGCAGCGCCGCCUCAGUGAAACUUAGACCGUGGACGAAAACGUUUCGGCACCGAUCAGGUUGAUUUUAGAUCGAGUGGCGAGUAGGUGUAAAGGGAUUUUUCUGGGACGCAGCCGCGUACGCGCGUGAAAGUGUGUAUGCAACGCGAGCCGCGCGAACCAAGAAAAGGUGCGAACUAUGUUUCCUCGCAGUCAGUGCAGGAAACUCCGAUCAAGCAAAAUGUUAAAGAAAUAAUCGUGUCGCGCAAGUGUCUCUCGCUGGUAGAGAAGACAGACGACCGUGUGCUUGAAUUUUCUUUCUCUCUUCUCCUCUAUUCAACCCCCUUCCCUCUCCUUCUUCUCUUUGUGUCCUUCCCCCCUCCCGCGGGCGCUCCUCUCUGGGUCCGUUCGUCGCACCGGGACGACGUUUACCGUGCGUCACGGGAAACGGCAUUGGGAGGAGACAGAAGGUGACAGCCCUCCCGCGGAAUUUAUGGUGCGCACCGGAGAAACGGUGAAGUGAGUGGUGUUGACGAGUGAAGUGAGUGUGUAACGGCACUAACAGUGCUAGACCGGUGACAAAUUUCGGGGGCUCCCCACAAUUUUGGCCAAUAUAGGUAAAAAGAGGGAAAAAAUGCCGGGCCUAAUCGCCGUAAGUGAGUUCGUCGAGGAGACGAGGGAGGAUUACAAUUCGCCUACGACAUCCACCUUCGUCUCGCGGAUGCCACAAUGCAGACAGACAAUCACAUCCCUCGAGGAGACGCUGGACUUCGACAGAGAUGGUCUGACGAAGCUGAAGAAAGCGAUCAAAGCCAUCCACAACUCUGGAAAUGCUCACGUCGAUAACGAGGUGUACCUUGGAAGGGCACUGGAAAGGCUCGGGGAUGCAGCCUUGAAAGAACAGGAACCGGAUAUCGGUGCUGCUUUCUUGAAGUUCGCCGUCGUCACGAAGGAAUUGAGCGCUCUCAUGAAAACUUUGAUGCAGAACAUCAACAACAUCGUGAUGUUUCCCCUGGACUCGGUGCUGAAGGGUGAUCUGCGAGGCGUGAAAGGCGACUUGAAAAGGCCGUUCGAAAAGGCGUGGAAAGAUUACGAGGCUAAAUACGCGAAAAUCGAGAAGGAAAAGAAGCAGCACGCGAAAGAGGCUGGCCUCAUUCGAACGGAAGUGACGCCGGCCGAGAUCGCUGACGAGAUGGAGAAAGAGAGAAGAUUGUUUCAAUUGCAAAUGUGCGAGUAUCUUAUAAAGGUGAACGAGAUCAAAACGAAGAAAGGAAUUGAACUGCUUCAGCAUCUAGUCGAAUAUUACCAUGCACAAACCAAUUACUUUCAAGACGGCCUAAAAACCAUCGAACACUUUGGCUCGUACGUGGCGGACCUGAGCGUGAAAUUGCAAAAGAUCAGGCAGACGCAAGACGAGGAGAGAAGGCGGCUAACAGAACUGAGGAAUCUGCUUCGAAGCUCAGGUUGCGACAAAGAGUUGAACGUAAACGCGAACGCAGGAUAUUCGCUUCACCAGCUGCAAGGAGAUAAGCAACACGGCGUUACCAGGUCCGGCCAUCUUCUGAAGAAAAGCGAAGGAAAAAUGAGGAGAGUUUGGCAAAAGAGACGUUGCGCGGUUCAAGCCGAAGGCUAUCUAGAUAUCUGUCACGCGGACGAGAAUAAACCACCAACGAGAGUGAAUUUAUUAACCUGUCAAAUCAAGCUAGUACCGGAUGACAAACGGGGUUUCGAUCUCAUUAGUUACAACAGGACGUAUCAUUUUCAAGCGGAAGAUGAAGCAGACCAGAGAGCGUGGAUGUCCGUUUUGGUAAACUGCAAGGAACGUGCCCUGCUUCGAGCGUUCGACGCCAGUGGCAAAGCAGAGGCUGGCACAGGAAAUCCAAGUUUAGUCGAACUUCAACAGGCUGUAAUACGAUGUGUCAUGAGGUUACCUGGAAACGAUCAAUGUUGCGACUGUUCGUCACAAAAUGAUGCUACGUGGCUCUCUACAAAUUUUGGCAUAAUCGUAUGCAUAGAGUGUAGUGGAAUUCACCGGGACUUAGGAGUGCACAUAUCCAGAAUACAGUCCUUAACGUUAGACAAUGUUGGCACUGCUCAGUUACUUCUUGCACGACACAUGACCAAUCAGGCGUUUAACGAAGUGAUGGAAGCUACAUUGCAUCAUAAUCACAAGCCAACGCCAACUUCAACGAUGGAAGAAAGAUAUGAAUUUAUAAGAGCCAAGUAUGUGGAUAAGAGAUACGUGAUGAACACUUGCGCGGAUGAACGAGAUCUCCUUUCUGACUUGGAACACGCCGUUAAUAAUCGCGAUCUGCAACAACUUGUACAAGUCUAUGCUGAAAACGUGGAUUUAGCAGCACCCUUGCCUACCUCGGAUCUGGGCGAGACGGCUUUACAUUUAGCGAUUCUACGCGAAAUGGGAAACAGUUUGCAUAUUAUAGAUUUCCUAGUGCAGAAUAUGUCGACGGGUGGUAUAGAUAGGACUACGAUCGACGGAGAAACAGCGUUACAUCUUUGUGCACGACACGACAGAGCAGAGGCAAUGAAGCUGUUACUACGGGCAGGCGCUGAUCCAACACACCGAAAUAAACAGGAUAAAACUCCGCUUGACAUUGCUCAGGAAAUGGGACACCACACAUGUAAAGAACUGUUGAGUCAUGCUCUACAAAGACAGAAAACAUUGUUUGAUAAUGUUAACAUCGAUUGGAAUCUUUCACACGACGAAGGAUCUACUGAUUUUUCUGACGAUGAAACUAUAAUAGAAGACAGGAAUGGUUGCUUAACGCCUGAAAAGAAGUCUCGCAGUAGGCCGCCUUCUUACGUAGGCGGUGGUGGUAGUGGUGGUGGUACAGGAUCGGGAGAUUCACCAGUGACUUUACGUAGUCGAAGUAGCACUUGUGACAGCCUGCAAAGCGGUUCUUCCCCGAGUUCCUCCACAAAUAGACAACAAAUGCCUCCACCACCACCACCUCAGUCGAGGAAACCUGUUGUUGUACCUGCUCCCAUGGCUCCAGAUAUUUCGAUCAAUAUUCAUGGAUCACUGAAGAAGCGUGUAGCGCCGCCACCACCACCGGCCGGAAGUACAGGUGGUAUACCUUCCUCUCAUUACGGUACACUACCUACGUCCGCGACUUUAGCAGCGUCAACGCAUAGCCGUACAACGAGCGAACCGAUCUUAGCUGGGCAUUCUUUACAUACUCUACCACAUGCGUUAAAUACAUUAAACAAUCAGCAUCAUAAAAGAUCGCCCAGUGGAGAUUCUUCAACGGGACACGGUGCGUUUGAAAAUUCACGUAAACUCCUCUACGAACUGCCGUCUAGUUCGGGUGCGGACAAAGUAAACAGCUCGACGCUUCAGAGGCCGAGGAAUCCUCCACCUCCAGCCCCAUCCGGUAUCAAUUCGUCGAGAUUGAGCAAUGGACGUAGCAGCGAAUCGUUAAGCUCUAUGUGUUCGGAUCAUAGUUUGGGUAAUCCCAUUCCGCCUCCACGCAAGCGAAGGGACCGGGCCAGGCUAGAGAGCUACGCCGAGGAGCCUUCAUCUUUGCUCCCAAAUCUGAAUAUGCCAACUUCGUCGACCCUAAGCGGUCUGCGACGCUGUCGAGCCUUGUACGACUGCGAAGCUGACAACGAGGACGAAUUGUCGUUCCGUGAAGGCGAGGUGAUCAUCGUGACGAAUGAGCAAACUGACGACGACAACUGGAUGGAAGGUGCCCUCGAAAGAGCGCCUGAAAGGAGGGGAAUGUUCCCGAUCAGUUUCGUGCACAUGCUGCAAGAUUAACAUUCGGUAAGCCUGAACUCGUUGGCAAGUGUCUCCAGUACUGCCAGCUCCGUGAGCGUUGCUAGUCUCGGCAGAAGGUCUUGGUUAAGAAAACCAAAGGAUUGAAAAUGAAGGAUCGGGCGUUUGUCUGACGAUUGUUUAAAAAUCGUCGAUUUCACGAUGUCCAUUCUUUUGGCACUUCUUCUCUAUGUUUCUACAACACACUUGUAGGCCUCGAACUUUUGUACACGAAGUUAUUAUCGCUCGAACUAAACACGCGAGUGUAGAAAGUGCUUCGGAAAUAGGUAGCUUUAGUGCGGUAUUCUAACCUCCUUAAGAAUAAACCUAAUCAUAACCUAACCCUAAGAAUGAAAGAAGAUCACUCGAAUAUAGAUCUAGGAACUCUUUCUUUCUGGAAUAUAAAUGAUUUCCGUCUGCACGCAUCGUACCGACGUUUUCAGAGACAUGCAAAAAUUCCAGGUGUAUUCUGAAUUUUCUCAUGCGCAGAAAUAAUCCAGAUUUUUAGUAUUAUCACGCUAUCAAUAGUAUUACUAUCUUUCUCCCCAUUUCUGAAGCACCAUGUAUACUAUGAACUCGUUCGAUCUGUUGUUCGACCCGAACAAGAUUCGGUAUCCUAACUGCGUUUCCACUUAAGCAAACAUACAUAGUCGAGUGUGUACUUUUGUCACAAAUAGUAGUUCGCUUGAACGUAGAAACGUGCUUAGGAAGGUAAGUCAUAGCCACGCUAUGUACUAAUGUGGAACGAAUCAAAUUAAUUCAUUGUAUCGCUUGGUUCCACUGGGAUAAAUCGACUCGGUUGAACAUGUCGGACCUGUUUCUGGUUCAGUUUUUGGAGGUUAUAUGGAAUUUGAAAUAGUUUCUUAGCUUGUAGAUGACAAUCAGCUUGAAAUUACUCCGUAGACACAUAUUGAUUUUCUGAAAUGGAGAUUUUGACAUUUGAAUAAUGUAGAAAACAGGAAAAUAAACGAAAGAAACUUUUUUAAAGAUGCUUGUCUACGUUUAAGAGGAGGGGUAGAGUUUGAUGACUCUUAUGGAAAGAAAUAUCGUUUAAUUAGGAAAAGAGCAAUUUGAAAAGGAUGGGGUUUGUCUUCGAGAGUGAUUUAGAAACAUCACGGAGAGUAGCUGCUAUAGCCUGAACAAAAUCAAUUGGCUUUUUCAAAGCCACCGAGAGAAACCCCCGCCAUUUAGCUGUUACGCAAAUUGACUCAGGAAAAGUAAUCUGCAAAUGUCCAUUCAAUUUUAAUCAUAUUAUAUUUAAAAACAGCAGAAGCGCGUAGUAAAGCUGCAAAAAAGGUAUAAAACGGUAAAAGAAUUAUUUAAAGGAAUUAUUUUAUAAAGUGAAAUGCACUAAAACAAAAGCUUGAACAAAAUUGAAGCUAUAAAGAAAGUUGGUAUAGUGAAAGUUUAUGCUAGUAGUAUAGUUAACUUAAGGUAUUUAAUGUAAUUAUGGUAAGGAUGAUAUAUUGGAAUAAAAUUAUAAUUGGUAUGUAUAGAAGAAGAAAAGUAUAUUAGAGUUGUAUUUUUUUUAAUAAUCUUAUUGCAAUUGGGUUAAGAAAGAUUUUAGAAAUCCAAUUGACAUUGUUCAGACUAUUAGCCUCGAUACUUCAUGUGCUGUAUCAAAACGUGCCUACUCGAGUCGGAUAUUCAAGCGUGAAGGAAACGUGUCUUUGACGAUUCUACAAUUCUAGAAAUGCAAAGAAUUUCGAUAAAGGAAAUAAUGCAUUCAGUGCCAGAAGAACGUAACAUUUUGAUUGUUUCAAGCAAGACGUCGAAAUCGAAGACUGGAUCGAUUCGCGGUUCUGAAGACCGACGGUAAACAAACAGAAAAUGUGAUAUAAGAUAUAUUUCAGUAUAAAUUAUUAGUAUUACGAAUCGGAUUUAGCGAACAAAAAAAAAAAAAAAAAUUCGGUACACUAAUAAAAUGGCGCUGUCGUGCGUGUUAAUCAAGGCAGAGCGCUGCGAUCGGCAAGUCCAUCGUAAAUUACAUUAAUUCGUUCGUAACUGAUUAGAACUAAGCGGAUACCGGUUUAUCUUGCUGCUAAUUAUUAUCGAUUGUAUUAUGUAAAACCAGCAGGUAUAUUCGAUCGAAAUAAAAAGUAGACUGUGGAUGUUUAUGCAAUUUUGUAUCUUUAUGGACAUUUUUGAUAUUUCUGCAGCUCUCACAAACGAAAGUGUUGUAAAAUGGGAAAUCACGGAAAAUGAACAUUCCUCAUCAUCCCCCUCCCUCUAAUGUCUUCAUCUGCAUUCUGGAAUCUUAAAUUUCCUAAAAACCAGUAAACGUCCGCAGUCUGGAGUUACGUUCGGUAAAUGUGCACAAUUUCGUCUAUACAGAGCCAAACGUAAAAAACGAGAAAAAAUAAGGGUAUGCGUGCGUGCGUGGGUGCAUGUGGUGUGUAUGCGUGCAAUCAUAAGGAGAACAAAAACAGAACGGAAAAUACAGAGUUUGAUCUGUUACCUGUUGCAUGUCUUAAAUAUCUGGCGCACAUCUCUACUCUGUACUGCCAAUGCUGAGUAUACUCUACUAUACAGUCGCGUUUCAGGCGAGUGAAACGAAAAGGAAUAUCAUAGAAAAAAUUUCCGUGAAAUAGACGCAACGAGUGGCGUCGAUCGUUAUAAAAGAUAUAAUAUAAACUUAGGAUGUCAAAAAUAAAAAGAAAAAAAAAGAGAGGCGUUCAUCUCCAUAAGAAAAGAAACGAUGUGACAUUAAAAUAUUGCAUGACACCGAUAGUAUUAUUAGCGUAUUCGACUCUUAAGAAUCACGUGGUUACGAGCGUAUGUACAUUUUUGUAAUGCCAUAUUAUUUGUUAGUAAAUAUAUAUAUAUAUAUAUAUAUAAUUUUAUAUAUAUAUAUAUAUAUACGUAUAUAUAUAUUGUGAAAUAGAAUUAUGAAAUUAGAGAUUUAUUAGUCAUUAAGUAUAUAUAGUAUAAAUAUAUAUAUAUAUAUAAAUAUAUAUAUAUAUAUAUAUAUAUAUAAUGAGAUGAAAAGGAGGAGCAUAAAAGAAAGGACAGAGUAAUGAAGCCAAGCAUGUGCUGCGAUUUAGUCGAGAUUUAUGCGCCAGAAGCGAAUUGAAAUUUUUAUUUGUUACAUAUUUUUGCUUGAAACACUCUAAGACACAUACGAGACCAAAGAAAACAUUUUCUCGCGAGCGAGAGGGGAACCGUUGACGCUGUCUAGCUUAAUCUUGUGUAAAAGUGGACUGUAAUUUUCUUUCUUUCUUUUUUUUUCUUUUUUUCUAAGCAAGUGUAAAUUUUUACUAUCCACUUUACUUCCGACACUGAACCGUGUGCUCGUCUUUUAUUUUGUUUCUCUCUCUCUCUCUCUCUCUCUCUCUCUCUCUCUCUCUCCCUCUCUCUCUCUUUUUGUAUUUAAAAUGUUUAACCGGAAAACGUCACCAAAUAAAUAUAUAUAAUUAUAUACGUAUGUUAUGUGAAUGAUGUGCUAUUUAUGGAUUCUGUACUCGUAUCGGUUCAAACGAAAAGGAACCACGAAGAAACCGCAAAGCGUGAAAUCAACGAUCGAUAAGGGACUGUGGUCCGUUGCCUAGUCGAAAUCGGGAUAUUAUUUAUGUUUCUUUUUUUCUUUUCCUCCUUCGAUACCGAGACUUUUGCUUUGUAUUGAAAUUCAAAUUUGAAUGUAUUUGUGAUCGUCCGUACAUAUUUACAAUUAUUUCACGAAUCGAAGAUAUACAAUGUUAAUAAUAUAUAAUAAAACAAAAUAUAAUUUUAAAUAGUGGAAUGGCAAUGACAUUAUUUUUUACGAAGUAUUCUCGAAUUUAUAUUGUCUCUAAUAUUACUUUUUGGAUUGAUAUUUGCUUAUAUAAAAAAGUGAAAUUAAUAACUGAGUAUAAUCCAUCAGUUUUUAUAUAAAUUCUUUUACGAAAGAAUUUAGAAAUUAAUCAAAACAAAAUAUAUAUAUAUAUAUAUAAUAAUAAUAAUAAUAAUAAUAUUAAGAUAAAAAAUAAGGUUAAUCUAAAAGGAUGAAUAAAUUAUUUGGAAAUUCACCUGAAAAAUAAAGAAAAUUAAGUUAUUUCAAACAUGUUAUUCUUUGCUAUUAUAAACUACAAAGUAGAGUACUCGGAAUGAUAUUAUUUUCUAUAUAUAAUUAUAUGCUAGGCUCGCAACGUUUUACUGUUUCACUUGAUCAAAACGGACGAAAGUUUUAUAUGUAUGUAUAAACAGCUCCUGUUAAGUAGCUAAACAGUACGCCGUUAAUUAAUAAACUUAAUUAAUGCGCUGUUUAUGUGAGAGUAUUACGAGAAUGACGAUCAACGUGUUUCCAAUAAACCCAUGAAACUUUACCUUGUAAAAAAUGGCAUCGCUUCUUCACUUAAUCUUUUUCCAAACACUGUAUAUGAUAAACAACAAAUAUUUAUAAUAAAUAUAAACAAUAGGUCAUCGCUUAGGAGUUAUUCAGCGGAUAAUUCAAAGUGAUACUUGUUAAACGAAAAUGAAAAAUUUCGUCACUAUCUUGCGUUUGCAUCGAAAAUAUACGCUCUCGAUGAGAGUAGAUAACAAAAGAUUUUUUGAAAAACAGGGUUAGACACAACAAGUUUCAAGUUAUGUCGCUAUGUAAUGCCAAUCUGUAAUAAAAGAAUAAAAGUAAAAGAAGUGAAGAAAACAAUCUAAUCUACAGACCGCAGAUUUUUAUGCAAUCUUUUGAGAAUACCAUUAAAGAAAUAGAAACUUGUUACAAUAUUAGUAAGAAAGUAGAAAAUUGUUUUACAUACCUACCAAGCGUUAUAUAGAAAGCACUGUAUGCCACGCAUAAGUAUUUGAACACUCGAUGUAACCUAAUCAUGACAUUGAUGCAUAUUUUUAUUAUAUUUUCAACAUUAUGAUACAAGAAUCCUGUACUUCUUCCUGUAACCGAGAUCAAAUGUUCUACUAAAUUGAAACUGACACAAGGAGUAUGCCUACAUCAAUUAAAGUCCAUAUUUAUCUCUGAUAAAUAGCUGACGCUGCAUAAAAUCUGUAUGUACCUUUAAGUCUAGUUGUAAACGCAUAUUCAACUCAUUCUAAAAUCUCAACGCUGAUUAUGUGGAUAUACUGAAGUAGUAAUACAUAAGUCAUGUAAGUUAGGUGUUUCCAUAGAAACAAUUUUCAUCCAAGUCCAAUUUCUAUUAUUUGUUAACUAUUGCUUUGAACAAAAUCCACCAACUGUUAUAUGUAUCCAUGUACUUUUAAAUUUCCAUCAUAAAUGCAUAAGAAUCUGCAGUCUACUAAUCCGUUUAGCAUUAAGCUGCCUUUAAACUGUGUUUACAAAUCCUCGCAAUUUUUGACGCGUUUAAACUAGACACGACUUGUUCAUACAUGCUGACAAAAUGCUGAGGAUCAUGCCGUUGGUCGAUGUACAUAUGUGUAUAGAGCAAGUGAGCGAUCGAAGAAUGAUUGUCGAUGUUUAUACUAUUUAAGCAUACGAUAAAUGAUAGCGUCUUAAGCAUGUAUUAUAUGGAUAUAUUUAAUGAAACGCGUCGAUAACGAUAACGAAUGACUCCUGUUCCUUGCAUAAAACUUCUGUUGCUGUAAAUUGUACACCAUGAUUAAUGUUAAAAGCAAGAUGUUUAUUUAAGAUAAACAACACGUAUGGAGAAACUACAUGAUUUUAACAUAUUCAAAUAUGUUAUGGAUGACAGGACUCAAGUACUCUCUCUCUGAAAAACAUAGGAUCUUUUUUCAUUUCAAUAAGUUUCUCAUCUUCCCUUGAAAUAAUCUUUGAAAGAACUAUCAGAAAAUUACUUGGUGGAUAAUUUUCUAUAUAAAAGAAAUUAUACUUCUAAAUAAAGUGUCACAUUUAUCGUGUAUUAUAUAUACAUACUAUAACACGUUCUCAAACAAAGAUUCUUAUAGAAUAAAUGUGUUCACAAACUAACAAAGACUACUUGUAAAAUAAUUCAAAGGUAUAUGCAGCAAGUAUUUGUUUAUUUUUCACAUCUAAUAAAUCAAACAUCUGUUAUUCGCUACUACAAACUGCACGAACAAAAUACUAACUUACUGUUUCAUUAUAAUAGUCAUAAAAUUUCUAGUGUAACGAAACUGUAUUGGUCCAGUCUUCGAGAACAAAAGAAGUCAAUAUAACAUCAAUGCAGAUUCUCAAUGAAGAACAGGAGUCACAAGCGUACCACCUUGUCCUCUGAACUUAUUAUACUUUAUGCAUUUAAAGAAUCGUUAAGUAGGCUAUAAGUAUUUAUUACUAUUUCGUAGUUACUUGUACUAGGUACGAAAAACGCACGUUAACACGUAAUUAUAUUGAAAGGAGAUUUGACGAUAUAAAGUGUUUUACAGAGAGAAUGAAUCUUUUAAGACGAGGCGAUUAUAAAAGGCGUGAAAUAAAUUUCUCGUAUAUUUGGUAAUUUAAAAAAACAGAUGCAAUCUGAAAACGACGCGCUGUUAUAUUAUUAAGUCUACCUACGUGUAUGUACCUAAUAAUGCCCGUGCUACUGAAAAAAGUUUAUGAAAUCUUGUUUAGGUACGGCCUUCGACGAUAUCGAAGCAGGUCUAAAUAUCGAUAUUAUAUGACGGUAAUGUACUAACGUUUACUGUAUCCUUCGUGACUAAAGCGCAGCAGGAUUGUCUUUUGGACAGUUCAAAAACUUUGAAAUGUAUCAGAAAUAAAUAUCAUUUAGAGAACUAUCAUAA